GAGUGUGCGCUGCUUUUGCAUGACGUUAGCGAUAAAACUUUCCUUGAUAUUGCUAGUGAAAUUGUUUUACAUUUCAAAAGGGCAAGGAAUUAAGGGAUCCCUUCGGUAGAAAAUGUAUAACAUUAGCUAAUAUGUUAGCCAGUUUUUGUCCGAGUCGGAGGGAUCAUCAACAACAACAAAAUAAAAAUAGGCCUCUUACCUAACCGUACCUUUCUGGCACUAGGUAGCCAGCUACUAAAUCAGCAAAUGUAGCUACUUCACCGCCGUAUUUGUGUUGUCUCAAAGACUCAUGCAUUGACAAAUUAUUGUAGAUUUGACGGACAUGUCCUCUGUGGAGUCGUUCCUUCCAGAAGUUGCGAGUACAGACUAAUGCUAGCUACUGUCGGUCGAUAAGAUAGCUAGCAAGUGAACUUCCCCUAUUUUUUUGUGGUCAUGAUGGACUCGCUAGUAAGAUGCAGUAAGUUAUGUAGCGUAGUAGCUAGCAAUACUUGUCCUCUUCAUCCAUUUUGAACUUCUAAGUCAUGCCAAAAACUACUUUGUGAGGCUAGCUUCCCUAGCUCGUUAGUUAGUUAAACAAGUGUAGCUUUGAGACCGUGUUUCUUGCUGACAUGUCUGCUUCUAGCUACUGUAACUGACAAGCUGUUUCGAGAUCUGGCCAGCAACAGAAAUGGCUACUCUUUCUUGGAAACUGACUGACAUUUCUGAAUCCUUUUAUAGUUAGCUGAUGGAAACACUAACCAUGUAACAUCCGAGGGCUAACUGGUUAUUCAUACGAUGUUUCACUGUAUUACUCAACUGUUGCGUCAAUAGGUACAGUAUUUCUCUAAUCCGUGAUAAGUAAACGUGCCAGGUCUGAAUCAGGAAGAGGAGUCAAACUAUUUUCUCAAAGCAAAAUGCCCCUUGGUAAAACAAAAAAACUAAUGGCUAGCUAACCUACAUUAAAUAUAAUUGACUUUUCCAGUUUUGCAGCACUUGACUGAAUUCAUGGCUUUUGUACAUGUCUCCCAUGCUGGAGUUUUGUAUUCAGAUCUUUUCAACCUGAGUUAUGUCCGCUCUUAUAAACAAACAUGGGGUCAAUCCGUUUGAACUCAAUCACUUUUUGCCGCCCUGCCCCCCCUCCCCGUUUGUUUAAUAUCAGAGGGGGACUGUGGUGUCCUAGUUAGAUUUUGGACAGCAUUGCUUUGUCUGAUGCCACUCUAACCACCUUGUGGGAGGUUUGGAGCAUGCAAGCUCAAUUGUGGUUCUGGGGAAUAAGCUUUGGCACUUGUACUUCCUGGUUUUGUGAGCAGUGUAGCAAGAUUAGUGGCCCUCUUCCAUUACCCCCCACAGCCUGUGUGUGGGAUGCCUUUAAAAAGCAGUUAAACCUCAAAAUGAAGCUUAAGCAGUUAGUGUUUCAGGGAAGCCCCGUGUGUUUCUGGUCUUUUACAUUGGGCUAUUUUUCUGGUGAGCGAUACAUUAGGAGCGCAACUAUAAAAAUAUUCUUAUUUAAUCAGUGUAGCACCGUACAAUAUACCCCCUAUGCUGUAAGUGUCUCACUUUUAGGAGCCUUCCCUGAACUGUUGAUCAUGGGGUGGGGCCUGACAGAGUAAGCAGACAAACGGGUUUCUUCUCUCUCUGGUUAACCUGUCUCUAUACAGGUGCUGUGAGCCAUAACGACCAGAGGAAUGUGCCUUUUAAUAAAUUAUCCUGUAGUAACCUAACUACAGUAGGUCUGUUGUGGCCCGCACAUUCCUCAGGAAAUGUCGCUGCCCAGACUAACUAGACACUAUUCACCAGCGGCACACUUUUCCCUAGUUUGCCUUUUAGGAUGCCGGUGCAGCUGACAAUGGCCAGGAGCCCGCUAACUGCUUCCACUGCUGUUCAGUUUGAUUGUCCCGAACUCAGGCCCGCAGCGUGUCUGUUGCCUCAGUGUCACUGCCGAGACCACCUCCUGUCCUGACUGCCAAUCAGUGAUGGAUUCGAAGCCUCGUCGGCUGCCCUUCACGGUGAGCAGAACCUCGUCGUCGUAUUCUUCCCCUUCUGCCUACUCGUCUUCCUCGUCCUCCCUGGGUUCCCUGGAGUCCAACACGCUCUAUGGAAGAUCCAGUUUCCUAAACAGUGACCGAUUCACAAGGGCCACCUCCCUCAAACCUGACCUCAACAACCAGGGCUCUCGGUACCUCGGCUCCACCAGGGACUACAGUAGUGCUGACAGCCGUCACGCCAGCUGGAAAUCCCCUCUAACCACCAGCUCUGUCUCCUAUGACCGGUCCUGGGCCGAAUCCUCUCUGAGCAGCCGCUGCAAACUGACUGAUUCGGAGAGAAGACUGGGGACGUACUCGGGACUCAACAGUACAACGGAUGAUGGAGACUCCAAACGGGUCAAACUGUCCUACACCAACCGGGCAACGUAUACUAGAAGCCCCUCGUCUGUGACCGGGUCCUCAUACUCCAGUAGUGUUCUCAGAGACUCUGAUUCGCCUUCGUGGAAAUCAUACCGGCCUCUGUCCAGGUCGUCGUCUUCAUCUUCGUCGUCCUCUUCCUCCUCAGAGCCCCUGUGGUCUCGGCGGGAGCAGGAGAAGAGGAGCGAGGAGAGGGGUCUGUCCAGCUUUUCUAACACCAGCAGCCACAGGAGUUCAGGAAUCACCUCAGCCCUUUACCGACCAGACCGUGUGACCUCCACCUACGCUCAGGGUGCCCGACCCAAAGAGACUCUCUACUCUUCCUCCAUUAGAGAGAGCUGCUCCGUCAGCCGCCAUCUCUCCUCCACCCACCAGCCCUCCUCCUUGGCCCGCGACUCUACCGCAGCCACCUCACGUGCCACCGGCCGCUCCCUGUCCACCUCCACCCCCUCCUCCCUCCGCGCCCCCCAGAAGACCCCGGAGCCGCCCGUAGCUUCCUCCGCGCCUCGGCCCUCCUCUUGGUAUGCAAGCCCCCCAGCUAAACGGGAGCCCCUGGUGUCCGGCCCCCCAGCUCCGCUCCCCGGGCCGACCCCCGAGGGUGUUGAGGUGCCAGACGGACGUCGCUCCACCCGCCGCCUCCUCUCCCGCCUCUUCUCCCGCCGCUCCAGCCAGGACUCCAGCGGUUCUGGCUCUGGCUCCGCCUCCCGCUCCUUCGACUCCGCCGAGGAAGCGCCCGCCGCCGGUGAAGCCCCUGGCCGCGCCCCCCUGGCUGACGGCGAGGAGAGCGCCCGGCCGUCGAGCGUGCCGCCCGUUCCCAGAGGCUCUGACGCGGCCCAGGCGUUUGCCUUCCUGAGGCGUCGCAGACAAGGCCUGUCUCCGGUCCAGGAGGGCCAGAACCAGCGUACCCCGGAGGCCCAGCCCGGCCUGGAUGCCUGGAGAGGAGGGAGCGUCAGCAGCACCGGGGGCAGUACUAGUACAGGUUCCUCCUGGCUCUCCUCUUCCAUCCGGAGCCGCUGCACCCCGCUGUUCUCCCGCCACAGGAGAGAAGGACGGGAUGAGAGCGCCCAGCUGGCCGGUUUCCACGGCACCCAGUUCCCCGUCGCCACCGGAGACGCUCCUGAGGCCGAGGCGGACGAGGAUGAGGAAGAUGAGGAGGAAACCGCAGGGGCGGUAGCCGCUGCAUCGCCGGGGGUGAUCGGGGCCAGUGCCGGCCUCCAGGAGGAGUUGAGGGUCAUGGCGGUGAGGAGUCAGCGCUUGGCCAGUGUCCAUGACAACCUGAUGAUUGCCAUGGACAUGUCCAGAGCGGCAGAGGGCCAGGCCAAGGAGAAGCCGGCUCCAUCCAGAGACCCGGAGAAGCUCCGGAAGAUCCAGGAAAGCCUGCUUUUGGAGGACUCUGAUGAGGAGGAGGGAGACCUGUGUCGUAUUUGCCAAAUGGGGGAGCAGUCUCCCUCCAACCCCCUGAUUGCGCCUUGUCGGUGCACAGGCAGUCUGCAGUACGUUCACUGCGAUUGCAUCAAGAAGUGGCUGCGCUCCAAAAUCAGCUCUGGCACUAACUUGGAAGCCAUCACCACGUGCGAGCUGUGCAAAGAGAAGCUGCACCUGAACAUUGAGAACUUUGACAUCAACGAGCUGUACAGGACACAUGAGAGGUCGGAGUACGAGUUCAUCAGCUGUGGCCUUUAUCUGGUGGUGCUGCUUCACCUUUGUGAGCAGAGGUUCUCCGACGUGUUGGGAGCGGCCAAUGAUGCUGGGUUUUUCAACUUGGCGAGAACCCUUCACGAACACAUGGACAAUCUUGAAAGCUCUUAUGGGGAGUCUGAGGAGGAAGCUGUGGACACAAGGCCAUCCAUUGACUUCUGUGACCUCGACGAGGACCUAGAAGAAGAGUAUAAUUGAUCAAGGGAGAAGAAAAGCAGGGUGAGGCGGUUGGGGUAAAGUGUUACCCUCCCAUAGCUACCCGUUCUGUUGCCCCUCCGUUUCAGGCAUGUAAUUACACAGCGCAGUGGCUUCUGGGAAAAUGUUAGUCAAUGCCAAGUAGAUGGAAGGUAGAAGUAAUGAUGUCAUAGAUAUGCAAACAGACUUUUAUUUACCCUGCAUUUUGGUUUCCAGAUGAGUGCACUUUCUAAUGCUCUUUCAAAAAGAAAAAUCUUUCUGAACUGUUAUACCACGAGUGCUUUAAAUAUUUACUGACCUUAAAAGGCAGAUCUUGUGGUAAGAUGUUGUUACAGAAAGUGAAGGAUUCAUGAACACAACACUGGCUUGUCAGCUUUGUCUUACCUGUGUUCAGGAGCACAAAAUAUUUUUCUUUUAGGAAACUAAGAACUAAAAAAAAGAACUUGGCCAAUUAUUCCCUUGGUGAAAUAAUGCAAAUUUAGAGUGACAUGUUAAUAAUUGACAAAGACCGUUUUUCUGUUUUUCAAUGUCUGUCACUGUCUGUGGUAUGAAAAUGCCCUUUAGCUUGUCCUUGUUUUUACAAUAAUUGUUGCAAUAAAGUUUUGAAUGUACA